AUGGCUAAUAGACCUACUUUCAUUGACCUACGGUCACAUUCGCAUGGACAAAUGAGUAAUGGCAGUAGUGGUGUACCAACCCCAUCACUGUGCUCAUUACCAUCACCCCGUUUACACGUAGCUGGAGAUGUUCCACCCGAACUUUCACCCUUGGAUGCUUUCGCAGCGCAAAGUCGACUCUUGGCUAGACAGUUGAAUGAAAGUACAAAUGGAGGAAAGCGCAUAAGUCGUCUGCCACCACUAACGAUUGCGAAUUCCCUUGGCCAAAAUCGACUUGGAAGUCUUCGAUCUGCGUCUGGUGAAAGAGUUGCGGAAUCUCCCUUGUCCCAGCUAUCCCCUACUGAUUCUCCUGGUGCUUCUGCUGGCCUCGGACAACAGAGAAUAGAGGUCGAGGCACCUAUAUUCAGACCAGUUUCGGUAUAUCCUGAGGUGGGAGGGAUUCCAGAGCCUCCCGCAUUCGAUGUCAUUCACGAAAAGGACGAGGGAUUUCGAGGCAGGAGGCCACCAUCAGAUGCAAAGGAACAACAGAGUAUGUUUGGAGCUAGGAGGGAUCUUUCGCCAGCACCUAUAGAUCAAAAUCGUCGACAGCUUCAACAUAGACCUGGAAGGUCACCAUCUGAUGCGCCAUAUCGCGGACGUUUAUCUCCACAGCCAUCUCGCUCCCCUUCUGCUCCACACCAGGGGCGUGAUAAUCUUAGACCAGAGCGUUCUCCUUCUGCUCCUCAUAACAGGCCUGGACGAUCACCCAGACCAGGUCAAUCGCCAUCUGGUCCUCAUAAUGAUCGAUCACUUAGGCCGGAACGUUCUCCUUCUGAUCCCCAGCAGACGCGUAUGGGCAGACCAGGUAGAUCUCCAUCAGAUGGUCCAUAUCGAGGGCCACGGUCACCCAGACCUGGACGAUCACCUUCCGAUGCCCCAUCUCGACCAAGCCAGGAUUCAAUGCGCCAGAGGGCACUCAAAGGACCCGAUGGCUCUUUGGCCGUAGGCGGAUAUGGUCCAAGAGCUUUGGCACCACCACGAGCACCAUUUGCGCAAAGAGCACCUAGUUCCAGAUCUAUGUCAAUGGAGAGCUCAGACGACGACCACUCAUUAUCACAUGAUUCUCCACAGCGCAAACUGUCUUCAACAACUGCCAUGUCAAGCACGCCCAACUCUCCUUCGAUCCCUUCUUCAGUGCCACGCUCUCCAUCAGUAAGUUCCGACUAUUCUGUGGAUCAUGCACAUCUACCCAGGCCCGCAUUCAAUUUCUCUCGACCCAUUAGUAGGUCUAGUAAUCACCCAACCGAGGACAAACCACUAGCACCUUCUCGACAGGCGUCUUCUGACAGUCAGCCGUCGUUCAUUCUUACGGAUGAUACUGCUCAUACCCCUGUCAGCAUGCAUAGUGAUGAAUUCCCAGACAACAACCUCCUUGGUGAGGGGGCUGCACCUUCAUAUGUAUAUUCAAAAUUUUCUCUUCCAAGAGGUAAAAUGUUACAAAGAAAUUCGGCAAUUUUUCAGCAAGGUCAACGUCAAGCUCAGUUUGUCUUUGAGCAGCAGCCCCCUCCUUUCAGCAAUGCCCAAACUAUUGAAGGCGGACCUCCCCCAUCUCCCCCUUCUCGGCCAUCGACUUCUGCCAGACUAGAUAUCUCACAUUUACGCCCUUCUUUAGAGCAAGGCACUUUAGAACCCACAACGUUGACCGAAAGAGGACGAAGCUUAACAGACCCUAGUCGUCAUCCGGGACCAUUUGAUGCGCCUCCUUCUUUACAUAAAGAUAAAGCACGUAAGGAUAACCGUGCACCGUCAGUCGCCUCUUCUUCCAAUACUACGAUCAAAGCUCGAUCGCAACACUCACUAGCUCCAUCGGCAGAGUGGUCUGGAGAGGAACAUGUUGCGAAAGCUAUCGAAUAUCAUGAAGCGGGAUCUUUGACUAAAUCUACAUAUCAUUUGCGUCUAGCCGCCAGACAAAACCAUCCUACUGGCAUGCUUCUUUAUGCCCUUGCAUGUAGACAUGGCUGGGGUAUGCGACCUAAUCAAAGAGAAGGUGUAGCCUGGUUGAGAAAAGCUGCCGAUUCUGCUAGUCUUGAAGUUGCAGAUGAUGAGGAUACAGCAAAGGAUGGGAAGACUGUUGAUGUACUGGAGAGAAAGACCAGAAAGGCUCAAUUUGCGCUUAGUAUUUAUGAGCUUGGCGUAAGCCAUAUGAAUGGUUGGGGCAUUGAACAGGAUAAGAUUCUUGCAGUGAGAUGUUUUGAGAUUGCUGGAUCUUGGGGUGAUGCUGAUGCGUUAGCCGAAGCCGGAUUCUGUUAUGCGCAAGGGGUUGGGUGUAAAAAGGAUUUGAAAAAGAGUGCGAAGUUUUAUCGGGCGGCGGAGAGUAAGGGGAUUAGUAUGAUUGGAAAUAGUUGGAUCUACAAAUCAAAAUACAAUGACGAUGGAAAAGAUGAAGUAGGCAGUUCCCCGAGUGGGAAGAAGGGUGGGAAGGAUGGUCAUAAAAGACAUUUGUUUGGGAGAACUAAAUAG